AUCAGUGGGCAGAAGAGACCGCACGUUGCUCCCUAACAGAGAGAAUAACUCUCUGUAGCUGCAGCUUAUUUCGAGACAUUUAUGCCUUAAAAAAUUGCCUGUUUAAACAUUUCUGAGGGACCAAACCGAGAGGAUUUUUACCGUUUCAUCGUUAUCGUUACAUUUGCCAGGAUGAUAUCUGCCGUUUCCUUGUUAUUUCAUCUCUUCAUUCAGUUUGAAAUGUUUCAGAAGAAAAUAAACACCACCUACAUCAUCCCCUACCCAAGAGCUGCCAUUGUAACUCAACCUGUUGACAUACAUCACAACUUCUGCAAGUUAAAACCACUGUCCCCUGAGGAGACUCUUGAAGAGCAACUUCUGCUAGAGUCCAUUGCUUGGCCUGAAACCCCAUCUUUACCAUCACCUCUUUUUAUUAACAGCAGCAGUGAUCCAGCCCACAGCACCUUCACCAUUCUCCCCAGGAAGAGAGAGGGACAGUGGCAAAUAGGGGAUAAACUGGAGGCCCUGAUCAAAAUACAUGACUUGAUGGGCCGUCCAAAGAAGUAUGGGGGAGACGUCUUACUUGCCCGGCUGCACAACCCCACCCUUGGUGCUGGUGUUGCAGGACAAGUGGUUGAUCAUCUCAAUGGUUCCUACUCUGCUGUAUUCUCUUUACUCUGGGAAGGAAGCGCAGAGGUUGAGGUGACACUGGUUCAUCCCAGUGAGGCAGUCACAGAGCUGCGCAGGGUGAACAUAGAAGAACCCGACAGGAUCUACUUCAAGAGUCAGUUCCGCUCGAGCUUGCUCACUAGAACAACCACCUGCAACGUAUGUCUACGUCCAACCCAACCUGUGUGCAACUACACAGAUUUACGUACAGGUGAGCCAUGGUUCUGCUAUAAGCCAGCAAAUAUGAGUUGUGACACCAGGAUCAGCACCUACAAUGGAGGACAUAAAACAAGCCUGACAACCAUGGAGAAGCUUUUUCAGAGCGGCGUAAACAUGAAAGUCUCCAUUCCAGCUUCAGGACCUGCCAAUGUCACUGUUUUUCCAAAACAGAAAGGUCAGUCAGAGGUGAACAGCAGCAGUGUGGAGUCUGAACCCUCUGGCUAUUACUACCAGGGUGUGUGGCGAGCACUAGGUGGCACCACCGUUCAUCAGUUCAACACUUCCUCAGCCAUCACUCAGUGUCUGAAAGGAAAGCAGGUCUAUAUGUAUGGAGACUCCACAAUGGGGCAGUGGUUUGAGUACCUUAAUGCAGCACUGCCAGAUCUAAAGGAGUUUAACCUUCAUAGCCACAGAUCAACCGGACCUUUAAUGGCCCUGGACUAUGCAAAUAACAUCUUUGUGAGGUAUCGCACCCACGGUCCUCCUCUACGUACUGUCAGAGUCUCAUCCAUGGAGCUGCAUUAUAUUGCCAAUGAGCUGGACAAUGUGGUUGGAGGCAGUAACAAUGUAGUAGUUUUUGGCAUCUGGGCACACUUUGACACUUUCCCUAUUGGGUUCUACAUCCGUCGACUGAUGUCCAUCCGCAGUGCAGUGGUACGGCUACUGUCCAGGGCUCCAGGCACAGUGGUUGUCAUUCGGACUGGAAACCCCAAACCUUAUACAACAAUUCUUGGUGCAUUUGUCCACAGCGAAUGGUACACUUUUCAGCGGGUAAAGGCACUCAAGGCUAUAUUCAAAGGAUUGAAUGUCCAUCUGGUGGAUGCCUGGGAGAUGGUUCUGGCCCACCACCUGCCACACAGAAUGCACCCAGAACCUCCAGUUAUCAAGAACAUGAUUAAUGUUCUGUUGUCAUACAUAUGUCCUUCAAAGGGCGGAUUCACUAGUUGGGCCGACUUCCUCAUUUUUGGUUUGACAGCGUUUAGUGGGUAAAGGUGAAUGCAAGGACAUGAAUUGAGCUGCGGUUUGGGGAAGGCCUCGAAGUGGUUUGGCGAUGAUUCCUGGGUCUGGCAGAUGCACUGAAUAAGUGUGAAAAAUUCAAUUCAGUUCAAUUCAA